AUGUGGCCUCUGCAUGGCCUCAUAAUUUCCGUAAUCGCAUACAACCAGAGAAUGCAUAGAUCAACAUUUACGACUCCCAAACAAAAUUUCUUUGCAACUAAGGAUUCUCUUCGAAGAACAAGUCUAAGAUGUUCAAGCUUCUGCACGGAAAGUUCGUUGUCCGAAACGGUCUGCAGCCAGAUGGCGAUACGAUCAGGUUCAAGCCUGACAACGUCGAUUUCGUUGAAGAGCUGCGACGAGAAUCCCAUGGUAGCACUAUCAUGAAUGAAGGUGUCAAUAUUCGGUUGGAAGCGGUUGACGCCCUGGAAAAAAGCCAGGAGUUGACGGGCGCCACAGCCGCUCGUGACGAGCUGUUGCGCAGGCUCGGGUUUACAGAUGUGAGGUUUUCUGGCAAUCCCCCGUUCACCAUCAAUUCUGGCGAUCAAGAAAUCAGUGGGCAUGUAUUGUCCAAUGGUUUUGACAACUUUGGGAGGUUAAUUGGCUUCGUCUACGAAGGCGAUGGUAGCGUGCACGGCUCGGAUGGCUCUGUCAUCUCCUUGGACAGGAGCCUGGUAGAUGAAUCAGUUAAUACCGCCCUGCUCUCUGAGGGAUACGUCUUCCCAGCGUUCUACGACAGUCUUCCGGAGAACCUGCGCGAACAUUUGGCCAUGAAGUCGACAGCUGCCCGCAUAGCAAAGAAGGGCGUGUGGUUACGAUCAAAGGGUUUCCCAGGAGAUCCACUUAUCGUUGAGACGCCGAUCUUGGCAAACCUGAGGAAGGCGGUCUUAUGGCCGAAGCUCUACCGCCGUCUAGAAAAAUACCUGGAGUCUGGCAGACGUGAAAAUUUGGAUGGCUUUAUUCGCUGGCUUCAAGAAGACCCUCAGUCGCGUGAUGACGGCAUCCUGCUCAUCCAGAGCAACCCGCCCGAAUCAGUUCGCCUGCACAAUGUGGUGGACGUCUCCGGCAGUAGUGUCGAGCUCAAGUUCUGGCCCGAAAAGUUCAUUAUCCAAGGCCACCCCACGAACCCAAACGGAUCCCGGCCGUGAGAUACACGCCUCACCAAUUGGCUGAGACAGCCUGUACUGCAUGAACCAAUUCUGAGAACAGCUUAGGUGCAUUCCAUAGCUCAAGAUGUUGAAUAAAU